CUCGCCUCGUUGAGCAGUCGUGCGUUGAAUAAUACCCGCCAUUCCAAACUGGAGGUGGUUUUCUUCAAUCGUGGCGCCAAGGUGGGAAGCGAGGCCUUGAUGCAACUGACCCAAACCAUGGCUCCUUUCAACAACAUGACGGUGGUGACCAAAGGACCCCUCGAGAUAAAUUCCCGCACCAGAGCUCCUCGGGAGCAAAUGAUCCAGGCGAUUUGGGUAAACGAUCUGGAUCCUGGCACCCUUUACAUUGAGCACUGUAACUGGCUGAAUUUCCGGAGAUACCAACUGAAAAUGCCGAUUUAUAUCAACCUAGUUCGGGAUCCUGUGGAACGGAUGGUCAGUUGGUACUACUAUGUCCGGAGUAGCUACCGAAAUGCCAUAUUUUUCCGCAAAAACCCCAAUGCCACAAUCAAAGCGGAGAGUUGGUACAAGAAGAACUAUAAUGACUGUGUUCGCAGCGGCGAUCCAGAGUGUCAGUAUUUGCCGGGAAGUGUUAAAGAAACUGAGGGUAAUUAUAAAAGGCAAAGUCUAUUUUUCUGUGGCCACAAUAGGGAAUGCUUACCCUUUGAUUCCCAUCGUGCCAUCCAGUUGGCCAAAAUAAAUGUGGAACGCGAUUAUGCAGUCGUAGGAACUUGGGAGGAAACCAACAUAACCCUGGCUGUUCUUGAGGCCUAUAUUCCUCGAUUUUUCAAGGGAGCCAGGCAAAUCUUUGAAAUGCACAGCCAAAGUAUUCGAAAUAGGAAUCGCAAUAAUCGCAAGCCCCACAUAGAUCGCGAUGUUAGGGAAAUGGUGAGACGGAACUUUACCAACGAAUAUGAAUUCUACUAUUUCUGCAAACAGCGUCUAUAUAAACAAUAUAUAGCCCUGCAGCUAGAAAAUAAUCUUAAAUAAGGAUAUAUAUGUCAUAUGUAUUUUUGACCAAAGGAUUUUUACAGAUGGUUCCUAAUAAAAUUAUCUAGAAAACAAGUGUAUUUUAAAUAGGGUUUUUAAGGUUUAAAAAGGUAUAUAUUUAAUUAUAAGAAAAUCCCUCUCAAGCCCCUUCUUUUCCCCAAAUGCAAUGCAAAUAUCAAACACCAAGGAUCUAAAGGUAAAUAAAUUCUGAAACAAUUAUUAACCAAACGUAACUUGUAUUUUUAAUAAUUUAUUUUCCAAC